AUGGGCUCUUGUAUGUCUGGGCAAGUCGACUUCGACGGCGAGGUCAACCUCUACCAUUUCGACCUUCAUAAGGCAGUAGGACGGGGGGCGUUCGGCAAGGUCCGUGUCGUCGAACACAAACGGACCAAGAAACUAUAUGCACUGAAGUACAUCGACAAAGCGCGCUGUAUACGGCAAAAAGCCGUCGCGAACAUCAUCCAGGAGCGGCGCUUGCUCGAGGAGAUAGACCACCCGUUCGUCGUGAACAUGCGCUACGCAUUUCAGGACGACGAGAAUUGCUUCUUCGUUCUUGAUCUGAUGCUCGGUGGUGAUUUGCGUUUCCACUUGGAGCGCAAAGGCCCGUUUCCUGAGGAAGUCGUGCGAUUCUGGGUAGCGGAGCUGUCACAGGCCCUAGAAUACCUCCACCGCCAACGGAUCAUGCACCGAGACAUCAAGCCGGACAACAUCCUGCUCGAUGCCGCCGGCCACGCGCACUUUACCGACUUCAACAUCGCCAUCCAUUACUCGGAGAAGCGCAUGCACACCUCUGUCGCGGGCAGCAUGGCGUAUAUGGCGCCCGAGGUGGUCGACUCCACCGGGGCGCUCGCCGGCGGGCGCAAGGGCUACACGUGGUGUGUCGAUUGGUGGAGCCUCGGGGUGACGGCGUACGAGCUCCUCUUCCAACGCCGCCCGUUCGACGGGCGCACCGCGGAGAAAAUGAAGUCGUCCAUUCUCCGUGAUCCGAUCCGAUUUCCCAUCUUGGACGGGGGUAUGGUCGGCGUUUCGCGGCGGGAUGCGCCGCCAAACGUGGUCAGCCAAGAGGGCGCUAGUGCGCUACGGCAGUUUCUCGAGCGCGACCCGAAGAAACGGCUAGGUUGCAGGCCUCAUGGCCAAGGCAUUUCGGACAUCGAGCAACACCCAUGGUUCAGGUCGAUUGAUUGGGAUCAGGUGAACAACAAGGCGCUGACGCCUCCCUUCACACCUGAUCAAAAGAAACCGAACUUUGACGUGACACACGAGCUCGACGAGUUCCUGAUGGUUGAAAAGCCCUUGACGCACACGAAACGCAAGGCAAAUCCAGACCUUGAGAAGAUGAAGCCGGAGCUCCGUCAGAUGGAGGAGCAGUCAGUCGCUCUCCCUCCCACAUGCCAUUGGGUGGUAGUGCUGAUCCCGUCGAUAGGUUCACCGUUUAUGACUUCACCUCGACGCAGCGGAUGUCAUACUACCCGCACAAUGAGCCCAUCACCGCGGCGAAGUCUCGACCUUCCCGAUCACCCUCUGCAGGACACUCUUCCUCUGGCCAUUCCCGUCACAAUUCUCAGGAUUCGACGACAGCGCGGGACAUGA